AUGAUAAAAGAUCCACGGUACUCUCCUGAACAACAACCACCACCACUCCCCAACUACCGUAGCAUGCAAAGUCUCCUGCGGCCUUGUCCUCCCCCGCUUACAACUUUAAUUAACAUUCAAACAAAGGUAACAACACGCGUCGUCAGGGGUGCUUGA